AUGGCAUCGGGAACCGUAGAUGCCGCGAUUGCUGAGCUCUUGUCCACUUUCAAUGAGCUUAACAGUCAUGUUGUGGAGGAACUGAGCGAGGAACCAAGUCCUCUCGAGUUUAUGCGCUUUGUGGCCCGCAACACGCCAUUUGUGGUUCGGGGCGGCGCCUCCUCUUGGAAAGCUUGUCAAGAAUGGAACUCGGCCUAUCUUCUCAAGGCCCUUAAGGAUCAGACCGUCAAUGUCGCUGUCACCCCUUACGGUAACGCCGAUGCUCCCACACGACAUCCCGACCACGAGUCCCCUGUGUUUGCCAAACCCCACUACGAAGAUCAACCAUUUGACACGUUCCUAGAAUAUGUUGUCCGCCAUGAAACGGACCCCAACUUUCCCCAGGAUGCUGAAGUGAGAUAUGCUCAAACACAGAAUGAUAAUCUUCGUGAUGAAUACAUGUCCCUGUAUUCGGAUGUUCAGAAAGACAUCCCAUUUGCAAGAAUUGCACUUGACAAAGCACCGGAUGCUGUCAAUUUGUGGAUAGGCAACUCCAAAUCUGUUACAGCCAUGCACAAGGACAACUACGAGAACAUCUAUGUCCAAGUUCUCGGGAGGAAGCAUUUUGUCUUGUUUCCCGCUCUCUGUUAUCCUUUUGUCAAUGAAAAACCCCUGCAGCCUGCAACGUAUGUUCGCACCGAGGAUGGACUCGUCCUCCAGAUGGAUGAGAACGAUGAACCCGUUCCCUUUCCCAUUUGGGACCCCGAUCGGCCUUCCGAGAACACCACUCCAUUCUCUCAGUAUGCCCAGCCUCUCAGGGUCACUCUGAACCCGGGAGAUAUGCUAUAUCUACCAGCCAUGUGGUAUGACAUGGAAUUCAGUGGACCGCUUUUCCCCACGUCGGCGUUCAUCCGUGAUAUCAGCUUAGCAAACACGUCACAAGCAACGCAGAGAUCUGACGUAUAA